AUGAGCUCCGAUCAGCUUGCUCCGGCGACGACUUUCAAUCCCUCCGAUCGGCCGCCUGAUGAAGCCCCCUCUUUCGCGACCACCUCCCAGAGUCCCCCCAUGGCAAACCCUGUUGGUGAUAGCAUGGCUGUUGACAGCCCUAUCGCAGGAACAUCUGUGCCGGCAACGGCAGGCAUCGCUCCUAUUUCUUACGCCGGGGCGGUGCUGGGUGAGAGAUCAAAUCGCGUUCAGGAAAUGACCUCAUGGACGCCGAUUGGGGAACACGAUCUGGUCCCUAGCACGUUUAAUGGGGAGCCGGAACUGAAAGUCUCAGACGGGCUGAUAACCAAACUGAGUGCUCCGUGGAAACGCUCUCUGGUGGUUCGUACCCUGGGUAUUCAAAUCUCUUUCACCACCUUCAGCAACAAGAUCAAGACGCAAUGGCGACCGACAGGAGCCCUGGAUAUUCUGGUGCUUGGUCCAGAAUACUAUCUGGUUAAGCUCAGCAACGAUACGGAUUACUUUAGAGCUCUGACGGAAGGCCCUUGGACCAUCUUCGAUCACUAUCUUAUCGUCCAGCAAUGGACGCCGUCCUUUCGGCUGAACAACAAGCUCCCGAACUCGAUGAUAGUCUGGGUCCAGCUCCCGGCCUUUCCAGUUCAUUUUUACCACCGGGAGGUCCUCUUCUCGCUGGGAAACAUGAUUGGUCGUACAAUUAAGCUGGAUUACCAUACCCUCCAUCAACAAAGGGCAAGGUUUGCGAGGAUAGCUGUGGAAAUCGACCUCUCUAAACCCCUGGUUACGCGCAUUCGGCUCGACGGGCAAUGGCAGUAUCUUGAGUAUGAGAACCUUCCGGUGGUGUGCUUUGAAUGUGGGAAAAUAGGUCACACCGAGAGCUCCUGCCCAAAUCUGAUGGCCCCCUCACCGCCGCUCGCUUUGGUUGAAUUCGGAAGUCGGCCGGAUUCUGCCCCGGCGACCCAACCGGAGGAAAAGGUCGGAUACGGACCCUGGUUGCAAGUCACUCGUAGAUCACGGCGAGGAAAUCGGAACACAGAAAAAGGAAACUCUGGAUUUGGUAAUGGGGAAAACGGCAAUCAAGGGAAAGGGGAAAAAGGGAAGUCCAUUAACAAGGAAGGGCUCGUUGGCAACGAUUUGGCGCAAGGGCGACGCGUCGGCACCACCCAACGGACAGAGAACACUAAUGGUGGAAAUUUUGGGAAAGACAGAGGAGGAUUUGGAAAAGGAAAGGGAAAGGUUAAUAUGGAAGCAGAGGGGGAGUCGUUAAAAAGCAAAGGAAUUUUGGGCUCUAGCCCACAGACCAGUAAUAGUAAGGAGGGCCCUGCUGCAAGUAAGGCCCAGGGCACUAAAAAAGCCCACGAAACUAAUGGGCAUAAGGCCACAAGUCUGGUGGCUACCAAAGACAGCAAGAAUGGGCCCAUUGCGGGCACUCUUACUCCCCCUACUUUGACAGAUGUUGCAGGCCCCAGCGGAACAUCCAUCCAAAUUGUGAAUAUCCCUCAGGCCAUGGCGGACGAAGCACGGCGUACAGAGGACUCGCCGAUCUCAGUUGGUCAACGUGAUGGCGGCGGCGACAUGCGUCAGUCUGUCUACAUCCAAAACCAAAUGAGCAGCCAUCAGGCGAACACGCUGUUGGUACAUUGUCGAUCAAAGGAUGACGAUCUGGGAAUUCAUUAUCUCAAGUUCAAUAGCAGUUACAAGUGGAAAUUCACCCCAAUUCCAUGGACGACGCUCUUCUGGUGCUAUUUGGCCCCGUCCGUCGGUGCUCGCCAUGUUUCUUUUGAAGCUUAUAACCAGAGAAUGGGUGAUCAAGGGAUGGGUUAUCCUACUGAUUGGAUAGUUAGAGAAGAUGGAGUUUAUCGAAGGCGUCUUUAUCUAAGUGCACGUGUCCGUGAUGUUUUGGUUCACCGUUGGCAAUCAGGAAGGUGA